UCCGCUCCCCUCCCUCGGAUGCUCGCGCUCCUCCCGCUCUGCUCCUCCCCGCCGCAGCUUGCCAUGGCAAAGUCGUGGAUUAUGGCUGGGAGGGGAAUUGCUAAGAAAAUAAGAAACGCGACUCAAUUGUUCACUUUCCAACUUGGUGAAUUGGUUGCGGGAGCAUAUGUGAAUUGCCCCAAUUGCCAAUAUUGCAUUGAUAAUAGUCAUGUUACUUUAGAGUGGCCAGAACUUCCUGCUGGAGUUAAAUUUGAUCCAUCCGAUUUUGAACUGCUUGAACAUUUAGAAGCAAAAUCCAGCCUGCCAAAUUCGAAGUCCCUUGUACUUCUUAACGAAUUUAUUCCUACUAUAGAGGAGUCGGAGGGAAUCUGCUAUACACAUCCUGAAAAUCUCCCUGGUAUCAAGAUGGAUGGGAGCAGCCGCCAUUUCUUCUACAGAAUAUCAAAUGCAUAUAAUUGUGGUAAGCGCAAGCGUCGCAAGAUCAAUAAUUAUGAUCAUAGUGUCUGCGAUGAGCAUAUCAGAUGGCAUAAGACUGGGAAAUCCAAAGCCAUCUACGAUAACAAUGGUGUCCAGAAAGGCUGGAAGAAGAUACUGGUUCUUUAUACAGGUUCUAAGAGAGGUGGCAGUAAGUCAGGUAAAGCUGGCUGGGUGAUGCAUCAGUAUCAUCUUGGUGCAGAUGAAGAUGAAAAGGACGGGGAGCUUGUUGUCUCCAAAAUUAUUUACCAAUUGCCGUCAAAGCAAAUUGACAAGUCUGAAAUGGAUGUUUCUGUUUUGGACUGUGGUGCAUCUGAUGAGCCUGAAAUGGAUGUUUCUGCUGUAAAAAUUGAUCCUACAACACCGAAGGCAGAUCCUCCCCAGCCUCAUAGUCCCAAUAAUAGCCCAUGUGAAACCGAGCAGUAUACUCCCAUUCUGCUGGGUCAGGGGGAAGAAGAAUCUGGCACAUCCGUUUACCGAGUGAAGGAUGAAGCAGCCGAAUGCCCUGCAUGGCCUGGUGGAUUACCACAAGUUGUCGUCGACGCGUAUCUUCCUGCCUUGGAUGAAGCCAUGCGGCCCGAGGAGGCCCCUCCUGAAAAACCGCAGCCUCUUGACUGUUCUAACAUGGACGCGUUUGAUGGAUUACCGGACCUGGAUAAUACUCUGUCAUACCUUGGAACACCUUCAGCUCGUAGCACUCUAGCCGACAUACAUUUCGGAUCACAGGAUAGCCUCGGGGGCUGGCCGGGCAGCUUCUCUACUCAGUACUGACAGAGAGUUCGAAGUGGAAGUGCUGGCACUGCAGGAAGAGGCAGUUUUGUAUAUGGAUUCGCAGUGUAUGAAUCACCUCAUGAGAUGUUUUGUAUGUAACUUUGCAGUGUGCAGAACCGCAGAUUCAGCAUCUCAUGAGAUUUUUUGCACAGUAGUAGUAUUCCCAUAUAACACCCCCAACUUAAGCGAUUGUUUGAACCCGUUUGUCAGAGCUCUAGCUCUAGAGCUGGGUAUUUCUAUCUUAGAAAUUUGUAGAGCUGAAGCUACUUGUACAUUGAGAAUGUUUGUAUGAACUAUUUUAUUUUUAUUUUAGCUUAAAAAUAUAGAUUUAAAUUAUUUUAUAUUAGCCUACAAAUAUAAGAU